AGCCUUUUAAUUGUAAAAGAUUCAAAACAUUCUGCAUAAACCUCGUGUUGUUUUGUAUUUCAAGUUCAAGGUGAAUGUGAAUGGUUUUUUAGUUUUCUUGGAUAAUAUACAAAGAAAUACGUUCAAAACUGUGAUCGCUAAAAGUUUUAAUAAUUAAUAUGAGUCCAAUGAAAUAAUGGAAAUUGAUCUUUGCGUCACGGUAAAAAUAUUAUUUUUUGCCCGAUCCAAGGACUUAGCUGGCACUAGAGAGGGAACAAUAACUCUUCCUAAAAAACUGAGCUACCAACAACUUCUAAACAUUGUUAUUGAGAAAUACAACUUGGGAAGUAUUAGGAAUAAUAUUUUGUUGGCGAAGAAUGAAGAGGUGUGUGAAGAAACAAGAGAUAUUGAAAUAAGUGAGACAGAUAAUAUUGCUGUGAUACCUCCCCUUAGUGGAGGAUAAUUUUUCAAAAGGCAAAGACU